AUGGAAAUAAGUAAAGCUCAGGUUAUAGAUUUUGACAAAAUAUGCCGGUUUUGUUUAAUUGAAAAGCCAAUUUUGAAAGAUAUUUUUGAAACAAACGAUGACAGUAACUGUUUCACAAUCGAUCAAAAAAUUAUGGCCUGCACAUCCAUUGCUUUAAACGAAAAUGAUGGACUUCCGAAGAGAAUCUGUAAUAAAUGUUUGCACGACCUUAAUGUUGCAUUCGACUUUCGUUUUCAAUCUGAAAAUGCAGAUAAAACACUUCACGAACUUGAUAGUAUUAUAAAAAAGCAUAACGUUUCACUUACAAAACUGGAAACUUUCUUUAACAUAUCAGAAGAUUCUGAAUUAAACACAAUUUGUCAAAAUGAAAUUAUUUAUGAAGAAGAUAAUUCUGAUUUCAUUAAAAAAGAAGUAAAUAGCAUUUUAAACGAUACCACAAACGAUUACAUUUUAAAAAGAAAUGACAGUGAUGAAAGCAGAUUAAGUAAUGUAAUUAAAAAAAAAAAAUCAAAUGGUUCUAUAAGUGCAGAUGAAGCAAUAUCCAUUGAUGCAUCUAUAUCUUUAUGGCCAGGAGAAAAUGAAAAUGCACAUGAAAAAUUUCCGGAGAAUCGCAUGCUCAGUCUUUCUAAGAACAAAACAAAAUUUUCAUUUAAAGUAUUAGAAAAUAAUAAAAUUGAUUCCCAGUCCGUAAUGAAAUCCAUUGUUAAACCAGUUGAUAAUUUAAAGAAAAUGCCAUGUCCAUUUUGUAAUAAAAUACUAUCUAGAAUGGAUGAACACAUUAGGCUUUUACACAGGAAUAGAAUUUACAAGUGUGGAAAAGAAGAUUGUGGUGCAGAGUUUUUAACAUUGAAAAAUUUGCAAUCACACCAGCUGAAUUGCUACAAUGUAAAAAAAGCAUUUCAAUGUACAAAAUGUUUAAAAAGGUUUCAUAGGAAAAGUAAUUUCAAAGCUCAUAGUAAAAGGCAUUCUGACAAAAGAGAUUUCCAGUGUUUAUUAUGCGAAAAAGCAUUUGUAGACACAACAGGUUUAAAAAGACAUUUUCUUAAACAUCAUGAACCGGAGCAAGAAGUGUUUGUGAGCGGUUGUUGUGGAAAAAAUUUUAAAUCUAAAGAAGGUCUAAAGAAACACAUAGCAAAAAAAAUAUGCAAAAUUAAAACUUGUUGA